CUUUCACUCGUUUGACGUUUAAAGAAGCUCGUGUGUCUGUGAGCACUCAAGAUAUAAUAAAAUAUCAAUUCAUCAUACAAAAGUCGAUGAUUUGAAUAUUUAAAUAUUAAAAUCAACGCUGAUACUUCAAUUGGAUAAAACGUGAUUCGUGUGUCGUCUUAAUACUUUUUGGCAUCGCUGAGGCUUUCAUUCUCUGUCAUCAUUUUGUGUAUUUUUCACUGCGACAUUCAAUUGUUUUUCAGUUGAAUAAAUUUUUCACUUCCUGAUUGUACAAAUUACUCGUUUUUAUCAAUAGUGAAUUAUGUUACGAAAUACCUUUGUUCGGACUGUAUACACAUUAGGCAAAUUACAAAACGUACGUAAAUUUGGUGAAAAUGCAUUAACAAAAGUAAUUAAUGCAUCGUCAGCAAUUACUGAACGGAAAACAUUGAGUGCAUUGAAUCACACAAAAGGCUUUUCAACAUCUGUACCAAAUCAACAAAAAGAUGAAAUUGAAGUAUUUUUCAUUAGAGCCGAUGGCACCAAAAUCAGAGGAACUGGAAAAGUCGGAGACUCUUUGUUGGAUGUUGUUGUGAACAACAGUAUUGACUUGGAGGGCUUCGGCGCCUGUGAAGGAACCCUCACAUGUUCAACGUGCCAUCUUAUAUUCAAACAAGAAGACUACGAUAAGUUACCAGAAAAGCCCGGCGAUGAGGAGAUGGAUAUGUUGGAUUUGGCCUAUGAAUUGACAGACACAUCGCGAUUGGGAUGCCAAAUAAUUUUGUCAAAAGACUUGAAUGGCUUAGAAGUACGUGUACCAACAACAAUUAAUGAUGCCAGAAGCUAACUCACCACGUGUACAGUCAGUUAUAUAACACAAUCUCAUAGAGUUUGCACAAAACUAUCUACCAUAAAUUCGGUGGCUAUAAACUAUCACAAAAAAUUCUAUCUUACUGGCUAAGAAAUGUUUUGGGAAUGAAGUGCUUUAUAUUUUUUUAUGUAAGAAAAUUGUAAUUGACCAUAGUAAAUCUAAAAGGCAAUAUGUUUAAAUAGAUAGCAAAUUAUUGAGAAGAUUAUGUAGAUGAA